AUGGUGGCUACCUCUCAACUCAUUAAAACAACGUUUUUGAAUUGUGUUCAGAAAACGAGCCUGCAAGAAUUAUCCAAUAACGAGUGUUUGUCGUUAAUUGAAAAACUGUCUUCUGCUAUGAAUGGGGCUGAUGAUGAGUCAAAUGAAUCACUUAGUCUACCAGAUGUCGCCGUGAAUCAUGACGUUCUGUCGCAUCCAUUUUUAAUAAAAAUACUUGAUCAAAACGAGUUGCUGGUGAAAACCUUAUGGUCACAAUAUAAUCAACUAUGGCCUACAUAUGCCGUUGGUGCGGUUCCUCCUUCGAAUUUUCAAUCUCAACCAACGUCGAAAGGUGUUAUGAAUCUUGCUUGA